GAGUUCCGCGCUUGUAUAUUUUCCGACUUUGUCUGCUACCACAUCUAUCCACAUUCCGUUUAUCCCCAUCGUGAAUCGUACCUGGAAAGAACUUACAAGCACCGCAAUUUACCAUGGCAACUAAUAUUACUUUGCCGCUGCGGAGGAGUGCUCGACACCAAAAGCAGAGGGUCGAGCAAAAUAUCGAAGAAGAUUCUGAGAACAAAAUUGCCACAAAUGUAUCAUCUGCCUCACAAUCUAGCACCAACAGCGAGGAGCCUUUCACGACAAUUCUUCGCAGCAAUGCAAUUGAUGUGAUCCCGUGGAAGCUUCCGACCCAACUUCCUGGUCUCAAAGGGAAAGCUCGCAAACUGCUUGAUCAUAAGCGACAGGCACUUACAAAACGAGAGACCGGUGUGCACGGUCUCUUAAGUUACUGCUCGCCAUCCUCUACUUCAUAUUCACAACUGAGAUUAGCUGUUGAUGCUACACUAAUAUUCGCUCAAGAAGCAGCUGGGACUGCUGUUUGCAUAUCUUCAAGUGGUCUUUUAUUGACAUGCUCACAUUGUGUUGCCGAAACCGAGGAUGAGCUUGAUAUGGAAAAAGUAUCUUGGCUUAUUUUUGCCUCCGGCCGUGUCGUGCAAGCAAAACCUAUCAAAUGGGAUUCUAAACGUGACCUUGCCCUCCUUCAAGUAGUGGCGGCCCAGUCGCUCAACGAAGAAAGUGCACAGUCAACGGCGGAACCCAACUUCCCUUUCAUCUCUCUCACCUCUAUUGCUCCAUCACUCAGGGCUCGUCUACUCUGCAUUGGACACCCAGGUGCUGAGGAUCUGGAGCUUGCACAAAAAGGAGUGCCAACAGGAUAUGAUGUCUUACAUAUCAGCGAAGGCAGAUACAGAGGGAUCGCCAAAGGACAGGAUGUGCAUGACAAUAGCGAAAUCGGGGCGUUGAUGCACGAUUGUUGGACGUACUGGGGACAUUCAGGUGCACCUCUCGUAGAUGAAAAGCGUGGCGAGUUGGUUGGCUUGCACUCUAGUUGGGAUGAUCAGACUGGGAUGAGAAGGGGUGUGGCAUGGGAAGCUAUUGAAGCCUUUUGGAAGGGAUUCAUCGACGAGGCUCUGAGUAAAAAUAUUAUAAAGCCGAGCACAGGAGGGAAAUAG